CAGCAAAAAGUGCAGUUGCAAUCCAAGCGUUAGUCACCAACAUGAAACUAUUCCUAAUCUUGCUGAGUCUUACUGUGGCCUUUGCCGCCGAUCAUCAUCACCACCAUCAUGGGACCGACUAUGUAGUGAAGACACACGAAGAUCUGCUGAAAUAUCGCGAGCAUUGCUCCAAGGAGGUGCAUGCCACACCCGAGGAUGUGGCAAAAUAUGUCAAGUGGGAGUUUGCUGAUGAGGAGAAGACCCGCUGCUACCUCAAGUGUGUGUUUGAACAGUUUGGAUUCUUCGAUGCUGAGCAUGGUUUCGAUGUGCAUAAGAUACACGAGCAGUUGAUGGGCGGCGACCGCGUGGAUCACUCUGACGAAACUCACCAAAAGAUUGUCACCUGUGCCGACAACAAUGCACAGGGCAGCGAUGCCUGCACUUGGGCUUAUCGCGGUGGCAUGUGCUUCUUACGCUCCAACCUCCAGUUGGUGCAAGGUAGCGUUAAGGCUUAAAGUCUAAAGCACAACACUGAAAACUGAACACUGAAAAAUAAAUUGAUUACUGUCAAUUUUCUAGUU